AUGUCACGGAAAAAGAAAGAGGAGUAUCACCGCUUCUUCACCGUCAGCGACUCCCGCACUCAUGAGAAGGGCCACACGGAGUACAAGAUCACCGCCAGGUUUGUUUCCCAGAGUCAUCCGGAAGACGUGAAGGAGGUGGUUGUCUGGAGGAGGUUUUCUGAGCUCAAGAAGCUUCAUGGAGAGCUGGCCUACACUCACAGGAACCUGUUCAGACGACAAGAGGAGUUCCCCCCUUUCCCUCGGGCACAAGUCUUUGGGAGAUUUGAAGAGGCGGUCAUAGAGGAGAGACGGAGAGCUGCAGAGGUCAUGUUUAGCUUCACCACCACAAUACCAGCUCUGUACAACAGCCCACAGCUCAAAGACUUCUUCAGAGGUGGUGAGGUGUCGUGUCCUUUAGACCCUGCUGAAGUAGAACCAUCUGGAACAUUGCCUGCCCCUCUUAUCCCCCUGCCAAAACGUCGCCCCUCAGACUGUCAGCCGGCAGAUGAAGAAACAGGACGCGAGGCUCCGACUUUACCCCAAGAUCUAGGAAACAACCUGAGCUUAGAGCUGGGGGAGCCUGAGGUCGCGGCUGAAGCCCUCUGUGAGAUGGGGGGGUCUCCUGGAGGACAAAGUGACCCAGAGCUGGAUGACAGAGUUCCAUCCCCGUUUCGAAUGGGGGAUUUGCAGGAGUCGCAGGAGGAGCUGAAUUCUCUGUUUGAUUCAGAGGUAGAAGAUCCACCUCCACAGACUGAAGUCACUCCACUGCCAAUGUGUGACCACGACCUCGCUGCCUUUGACCCUUUCUAUAAACAAGGUCACUCUGAUCACUGCAGUGACCACUCAGAGCUGUUCUCUCUGCCCUUGGACAUCAGCACGAACACAGGGGCUGAAUAUGUGACCGCUGCCUCUGCUCAGCUGACCACAGCCAUGGGACAAGAGAAGGACGGGGACUUUAGUGCCGCCAUAGUCUCCUACAGGACAGCAGUCCACACUCUGAUCACUGGAGUCCAAGGAGAUCCAGAGCCACUGCGCCGGGAGGCUGUGAUUAGAAGGACGUCCCACUACCUGAAGCACGUGGAGAGCCUGCUGGAAAUGCACCCCUCACCCACACACUCGCAGACAUAG